GAUAACACAACUCGUAUAAAUUGCAACACACACAGAUUGUAUUAUUUUGUUGUCAAAAUGAAACUCGUUGUAAUUUUAACCACAGUGGUCUUGGUUUCGGCCGUUCCAAAGCCCUCUAGACUAGGCUUCCGCAACAUAUACAAAAACCCUAUUAAAACUCUUCACCCAGAUGUUAAAACUCCGAGAAUAAUUGGUGGACAUGAGGUAACCCCUCACUCUAUUCCUUACUCAGCUUUCUUAGAACUUUACUCCGGUAAUGAUGGUUGGUACUGCGGUGGUUCCCUCAUUUCUGAAAACUAUGUGGUAACUUCCGCGCAUUGCACCUACAGUACGCAGAGUCCUGUUGAAGCAACUAUCAUUUUGGGGGCACAUCGACCUUUUGAUCUCGAAGAUUCUCAAGUUGAACUAGUCAGUACUGAAAUCACCAUUCACGAAAACUACGACAAUGAAGAAAUCGUCAAUGAUAUAGCGGUGAUCAAGCUUCCAACUCCUGUUGAAUUCAACAAUUACAUUGACCCUAUUGCUUUGCCAAGUUUCAGCGACGCGGAUAACGACUAUGAGAAUGCUCUGGUUACUGCGAGCGGCUGGGGAUUGACUGAUGGUCAUGGUACUACCGUUUCAGAAGUUUUAAAUUUUGUUCAACUAACGGUUAUAUCUAACUUGGAUUGUCAAACUUAUUUUGGUACUUUAGAGUCAUCCAUUUUGUGUACUUCUGGUUUGCAGAAUAGCGGAGUUUGUAAUGGCGAUGGUGGAGGUCCUCUGGUUACCGAUCAGGUACUAAUUGGAAUUGUUUCGUUCACGGUACCAUACUGUCUUGAUGGAUAUCCUUCAGCGUUUACUAGAGUUACGAGCUUUCUUGAUUGGUUAGGAGAAAACACUGAUGUUAUAAUUGAAUAAGUUUGUUUGUAUUUGACAAAAAAUAAAAUUUUGAAGACAAAAAACAUGA